AUGCCGUCCGCAACAUCCGGCCGCAUCAUAAAGACUACGAGGGGGUCUAAAAAGACCCCCCACCAAAAGAAUCACCGAUGGGAGUCCUUCAGCACGAAAAUCUCGAAACUCCAUUCCCUCGACCCCCUCCGCAAAGUCCGACGCCACGAUCUCGACGCCGAAGACCUCGAUGCGACGACUUCAUAUCUUCGCAAUGGCCUGGACAAAUGGGCUGAGCUCAACAUCUCCCGACCGUACAUGGCCUUCAAGCGACAAAUCAACCCUUUAACAGAAUCGCUCGCCCAGAUUCUCUACCAUGAGGACCGCAUCAUGGACCUGCUGGUCGAGUACAUCGCGAAGCACGAGAAAGAGGCCCUUGAGCCUCUCCUAGAUCUGGUGACGGCAUUUGCGCACGAUCUCGGCGUCCGCUUCGAAAAACACUACCCCCGCGCGCUCACCCUCAUUGUGGAACUUGCCGGCAAGGUCCAUGACGUUGAGGUGAUCGAGUGGACAUUCGCCGCGUUGGCGUUCCUCUUCAAAUACCUGUCGCGACUACUCGUCCCCGACCUUCGCGCUACGUAUGACGCUGUCGCACCGCUGAUGGGCAAGGCGCGCAACCCCGGGCACAUUGCGCGAUUCGCCGCUGAGGCUAUGAGCUUUCUAGUCAAGAAGGCGGCGGCGCCCAGCCACAAAGACAAGGCUCUGCCAUUAUUUGUCGAGCACGUCAGGCAAGAUCUUGAAAGCGUCGCUGGGAAUAGGCAGUUCGAGUUGUACAGCCAAGGUGUUAUGACCAUGUUUGCCGAGGCAAUAAAAGGGGUGGGCGAUGGUAUACAUUCGACGGGGCCAGAGGUUUAUGCGUCCGUGUUGCGGCAGGUGCCUGAGAAGGAGCUGGAGUUACCCGAGCACACUGUAUGGACAGACGUCUGCUGCGGCGUACUCACCAGCAUCAUACACCAUUCCAAUGUGGAUACCUUCCGGACCAUUGAGACGAGGGUGGCUGAGGAGGCAAUUGAGGCGGCUGCUGGACAGCGCUCCGUAUUAUUUGUCCUGAUCUUGGGGACUAUGGUUGGCGUACGGAAAGGCACCCGUAUCCAUGACUGGAGUGGGCUUUUGAAGGAUUUGGGCCAACUUCUCGGGUCGAUUUCUUCUCAGAAGGAACGUUUGGAAGCCAUGAAUGCAGCGCGGGUCUUCCAAAGAAUCAUCGUCAACACUGCCAUUGUGUGGGCUCAGGCCCCCAUUGAUGCCAUUCUUCCUUCUCUGUCUUCAUUUAACGCGACGAUGGUCAAGGAACCGUUGAUGCGAUGGUACAUCCUCUUCUGUUCAUAUUUGGCCGAUCUGAAUCCUGAGAGAUUCCGUGGCUUGUUCAUGAAAGACUUUCAAAAAUUUAUCGUUGCCCAUUGGUCUCAAGGGACCAACGAGGAAACGCUCUGUGUACUUUUACCGCGGAUGGUUGAGGCCGGUGGACUUCCCACACCGGGAACGAAAGAGAUAUUCCAACUCCCACAAUCCUGGCAGGACCAGAUUGUCACAAAAUUUGUCAGACUGGGUGACACUCCUUUCCCAGAAAGUGGUGGGUUCGGGAAGGACCCGGAAACAUGGAGGGACAAGUGUUUGCCGAAAUACUCGGCGCGGCUUCGAAUAUUGGAAUCGACAUCGGUACACCCUUCAACCAACGCAAGGAUAGCGGAGGUGCUGCUUAAGAAGCUGAAGCUGGCCCUUCGGCCAUCUUCCUCACUUCCGACCGACGAGGCCAAUUUCAUUCUCAGCGAUGGCUUCCGCGCCUAUCUCCGUAUGUGUGCGGCCGCUGGCUCUGUUGAUCAAGCGUUGGCACCGUUACUCAGAGCGGCCGCGCCUCGGUUUUGUCGUUCGCCAGCAUUCCUGGAGGCUCUCCUUGAAUACGAACGCAUCGUCAGCGAGAAACUCCGACGGUCACCAGGCACAAGCAGCAGUGAUAGCCAGCAAGAAGAGGAAGAUCCUCUAGUGAAGUGUCUCACCGACAACCUCUCGACAUCAUCUCACGAGCUUCGCCUCGCGUCUCUGAAGAUCUUGGAAAUUUUGGAAUUUACCCCUGACUCCAACUCCGCCCUGGCGAACAUGAUUCAGGUUGAAGAACUACCCCUCAACCUCCAGAGCGUGCGGACCAUUGCCGUCCAUCUUCGCAAGCUUGGCCAAAUCUACUCUCACAUUGAGUCGGACUCCUGGUUGAAGCGUGCUAUCCCGGCGUAUCUGUUUGGAAUGACAACGGUGCCCUUGUCCCCUGUUUGGGAUGAUGCUAUUGAGGCGAUGAAGAAGGUCGCUGAGAGCAAGCCGGGAGAGGAAGCAUUGGCGGACAUUGCUUUCGAAUGGUUGGAGGUGCCGGCACCGCAAUGGACUGGACCGUACAAACCACCUGGCGAAGACAACCACAAGGCGCUCACCAACUUUGACUGUCUUAACCUCAUGUCUCUUCGCGAGACGGCCGCCGCCACAACAAGCGUCAUGGAUGACCCGUCCCAAGACAUGCUUGGCGCGUUUGAGGACGGCCAGAAGAUCGUUGAGUCACAUUUGGAAAGGGCACGGAGCAAGGCGCUCAAGGCAUUCGCUGCCUUGCCUGUGCUGGCAGAAAAGCGGUCGAGGAGACUGGUACCAUAUCUCUUUUCGUUUACCGAGGAUGGCGAAACGGCAUCGUCCGAAACCGCUGGGGAUGACGCCGAAGAAUCGCCCGAGGGGAGUUGGUCCCUCCUUGAUAGGAAGGCGCUUGUUGGUGUUUUUGCGCAGUUCAACAACCCGCGCGUGCUCUACCAGAGCCAGCGAGUGUAUCAAUCACUGCUGAAGCUGCUGGCGAAUGGCGACGUCGAUUUACAGAAACAGUCUCUUAAGUCCAUCCUUGCUUGGAAAAACGACGCCAUCAAGCCAUACCAGGAGCAUCUCGAGUAUCUUCUCGACGAGGCGAGGUUCAAGAAUGAGCUCACUGUGCUGUUUCAGGGUGACAACCAGAUUCAACCUCAACACCGCCCAGAUGUCAUGCCUGUUCUCCUCCACUUGCUCUAUGGGCGAACCAUCUCAAAGAAGGGUGUGGCGAGUGGCCGCCAUGGCCUUCAUGCCACGCGAUUGGCCGUGAUUCGGCAGCUCGAUGUCCAAGACAUGGGAAGUUUCUUGGACAUUGCACUUGGCGACCUCCGCAGCAUCAAAGUCGUUGACUCCCAGGGCCUCCGCGAGAGCGUGUUUGUCCACGAAACUCUCCCUGUUCGGAAGCAGGUCGGUCUGCUAAACAUGAUCGAAUCCGUGAUCAAUGAACUCGGCGCGAGCGUUGAGUCGUUCAUGGUGCCCUUGGUCAACGCUGUCCUUUACUGUCUCAUCUUUGCCUGUCGACAGCUGGGUGCAGGGGCCGAAGACCAAGAAUCUGAGGAAACAGAUCAGGUCCAGAACUCGUCCUUGUUCAAGGUUGUGCGGACAACGGGUUUGAAGUCGUUGUGCAAACUCUUUCAAAACGCUCCUGGGUUUGAUUGGUCUCCGUAUGAGAAGGCCAUUGUCAACGAAGUCAUCGCCCCCAAGAUCGACAGACUUCCGGCCGAGACCACUCAGGGUGUGUCGGCGACUUGGAGGCUCCUUGGCACGUGGGCUACCCUUCCCAAGGCCGCUCUGUUUCUUUCCACCGACAAGAGAGUGUUGCCGAAAAUCGUUGAGACACUAGGGAUUGAGAAGGCUAGGGAUGAGGUCAAGAUACAUGCACUCGAUAUCCUCAAAGGCCUAAUUCAUCUGGCGGAAGCCCCUGCUGUCGAAUCGGAGUUCAAUGACUUGAUCAAGUCGGACCUGCUAGACCCCAAUGUUAACCUCAUUCUCAAGGAAAUCAGCUCCUUGCUCCGCAACCAACCUGAGAUUGGGCGAAACCUGCUAGGAACGGCGGUGGACACGGUUGUUGCCAUCUCGUCUGUCGUGGAGACCUCGACGAGUGUUCAGGACAUGGUUGAGAUCUCUACGUUCCUGCUCAACCAACCAUUACGCAAGGUCAACCCCAAAAUCAAGGGAUCAAUCUUGCUCAUCCUGAAGAAGUUCAUCGUUUUGGAGGAUCUCCAGAGCAAUUCUGAGCUGAAGAGCAAGGUGUACGCCACCAUCGCGUCCUUAUUUGGGUUUUUUAAAGACCAACAGAACCGGCAGACACUUGCCGAGGUUUUGGAGGUGUUUGCUUCACGAGAGGCUUGGGCAAAGGAGGUGGCUGAUAUUUGUCGUGACCUCAACUCGUACGCCCAACGCCGCCUGGACCAACCGGACUACAACACUCGGCUUUCGGCGUUAAAUGCAAUCACGAAGGACCGAGAAACCCCUUUUACAAUUGACCAAUGGAUGCCUCUGAUCCACAACCUUCUUUAUUACAUACAGCAGGAUGAAGAGUUCGGGGUGCUCUCGUCUAACGCCGCCGACGGGCUCUGCAAGUUCGUGUCGGCUGCGGAACAAUCCUGGGCUGGGCCUCAACAGUCUACCUUCGUCGAAAUUUUGUCGACUACCAUUCUGCCGGCUAUCUACGCUGGGGCAAGGGAGCCCUCGGAGACUGUCCGCCGCGAGAUACUGCGGCUGUUCGGGUUUUUGGUUGCCCAUCUGCCGCAGUGGGAGCCUGUUUCCGACCUCGCUCCACUAGUACCAGUCUCAGAGGAUUCGGAUCAAGCGUUUUUCUUCCACGUUCUCAGCCCGGCUGUGUCGAGACAGCUGCAAGCCAUCCGUCUACUCGAGGCGGCGAACAAGAAGAGCGAGCUGCGGAGCAAACACAUCAGCCAGUUCUUCAUUCCUCUCUUCGAGCACUUCAUCUUCGACCGCCCCGAGGGUGGCGACGAUCAUGGCCUAAGCGCGCAAGCGACAAACACCAUCGCAGUCUUAACCGCGUCGCUUGAAUGGCAGCAGUACCGUGCCAUUCUCAGGAGAUUUAUUUCCUACGUUGAAUCCAAACCGGAUUGGAAGAAGCGCGUCAUUCGUCUACUGGAGAAGGAAGUCGAUGCGCUGACGACGGCGGUCUCGCAAGGACCGGGCGAUGCAAUGGAUGUGGACGGUGGGAUUGCGGUCGCGGACCUUCGCCGCCUUGCAAGGACGUUGCCAGAUCAAGAGAAACUCGGUGCCGAAAUCGUCAACAACUUCUUGCCUACGCUCCUCAAGUACAUACACGAGAAGGACGAGACGACGGUCAGCGCCAGAGUACCCGUGGGCGUUAUCAUUGCGAAGCUGCUCACCCUGCUUCCACAAGAGCGCUUGGACGAGAAACUUCCCAGUGUGCUUACCGACAUCUCCCACAUCCUCCGCAGCAAGUCUUGGGAAUCUCGCGAGAUGGCCCGGGACACGCUGGCUAAGAUUUCCGGCAUCCUCGGCCCCGAAAAAUUGGAGUUCAUUCUGAAAGAGUUGCGCGGCGCUCUCGUCAGGGGUCAUCAGCUGCAUGUUCUCUCAUACACACUGCACUCGAUUCUGUUAGUCGCCAUCCCAACCUUUGAUCAAGGUGACCUGGAUUACUGCCUGUCCUCUAUCAUGGCCGUCAUCAUGGACGAUAUCUUUGGUGUUGCUGGCCAGGAGAAGGACGCUGCGGAAUACGUGAGCCAAAUGAAGGAGGUGAAGAGCAGUAAAAGCCAAGAUUCCAUGGAGCUUAUUUCCAAGACAGCCUCUAUCAUCCGUCUUGGUGAUCUCACCAUGCCUCUCCAGUCUUUGCUCCUUGAAAAGCUUGACGUACGCACGGUUAGGAAGAUCGACGAACUCCUCACUCGCAUCACGAAGGGCCUUCUUGAGAAUCCGGCCGCAGCGUCACAGCAGAUCCUGGUGUUCUGCUACGAGGUGAUCCAGGAAGUGUACAACAGCCAAAAGCCCCAUGCCGAGCCCAAGGUUGACCCUCGUCUCAAGAGAUACAUAGUUCAGAAGGCUGCCAAGAAGAGUGACGGCGGCGUCACCAGCAGACACACCUACAAGCUUGUCCGGUUCGCCAUCGAUAUCCUGCGGUCUGUGUGGAAGAAGCACGACGGUCUUCGCACACCGAGCAAUAUCGCAGGGUUCUUGCCAAUCCUUGGCGAUGCUGUCCUAUCAGCCGAGGAAGAGGUCAAGAUCGCAGCCUUCAAGCUUCUCCCUGUUUUGGCCAAGGUGCCGUUCAAAAACGGGGACUCGAGCGGGCUAUACAAGGUUGCUCACAAGGAAGCUAUUAAGGCCAUCUCCAUGUCGCCAACAACCACCUCAGAUAUCUCUCAAUCCGCACUCAAGCUCAUCUCAGUCAUUCUUCGCGACCGUCGCGAGAUUCCUAUGAGGGACGCUGCAUUGGACAUGCUACUUAGCAAACUCAAGGACGACCUGACGGAGCCCAUGUACCGGCAUGUCACCUUCAAUUUCCUGCGGUCCGUUCUAGAUCGCAAGCUCGAGACUGCCUCAGUGUACGACACGCUGGACCACGUCGGUACCGUGAUGAUCACCAACGACGACAAGGAUACCCGCGACCUGGCUCGCGGCGCCUUCUUCCAGUUCCUGCGCGAGUACCCUCAGAAGCGGAACCGGUGGGAGAAGCAGCUCAAGUUUAUCGUUGCCAACCUCAAAUACGAGCGCGAGGGCGGCCGGCUGUCAGUCAUGGAGGUUAUCAAUCUGCUUCUGAAGAAGUCGGCGGACGAAUUCACCCAGGAAGUCGCCGCGACUUGCUUCAUCCCGCUGGUGUUUGUGCUGGCAAAUGACGACAGCGAGAAGUGUCGACUCGCGGCCGGGGAAUUGAUCAAGGAGGUGUUCCGAGUGUCAGACAGGGAGCGCUUGACCAAGUUCAUGACGCUGCUGCGAUCAUGGGUGGGACAGGAUGCAAACCCGGCGGUGCUGAAGCUUGCUCUACACGCCUUCGGGCUCUACUUCGGGGGCCGAGAGCCGAGCGCCAACGACAACAAAGACCUUAUUCUCAUCACGAGCAAGCUGGUCAGCGUGCUGGGCGACGAGGAGGCGCUUGAAGCGGACUGGGAGCUAGCCAACAUUGCGUUGACUGCAGUUCAGACACUGGUGCAGAAACAUCCGCAGAAGGUGCUCGCUCCGGAGGCAGAUGAACUGUGGUCCGAAAUACAAACUUGCCUAGCGCACUCGCACACCACAGUUAAGGUCACUUCCAUCAAACUACUGAGCAUGUACUUGGCGGACUUUGCUCGAAAUGCCGCCAAGGGCCAAACACUGCCCCUUUCCGGGUCCUAUGGCUUGGAGCUUGGCGCGGAUGAGGUGACCGACCUGGUGAGGCUGUCGCUCGGAAUUCUCUCCGCACCCGAAGUCGAUGAGGGGCUGGCACAAGAGGCGGUGCAAAUAAUCACGUUCUUGGGCGGCUACCUCGAAACUGAGAAGCCAGCUAAAGAGGGGGAGGAAGGCGAAGAAGAGGUCGAGGAAGAGGGUGACGAAGAUGAAGAAAACGAAGACAACGACGCCAAAGAAAAGGCCCAACACGCCGACAUCAAAUACAUGUUCUGGAAGCUGGCCUCCAUCAUCCGCAGGGAGCGACAGCCCAAGCCCGAAAUGCUUGUUAGCAAGCUUGCCGCCAUCGACCUUCUCGAGACAUUCUCCCUCAAGACACCAACCGCCACAUUACUCGCAUCCGCCAAGACUAUCCUCCGCCCUCUGCGCAACCUGACAGACCCUUCCAUCCGGCAGCCUUUUUCGCUCAACGAUGUCUUUAAGGCACGCUAUGAGACGCUCAAGGCCAAGGCGCAGACGACUAUGGAGACACUGCAGCGGCGGUUGGGGAGCGCGGAGUACACGCGGGCUUUGGUGGCGGUGGGUGAGCAUAUCCGUGAGCGGCGCGAGCAACGGUCGAGCAAGCGCAAGAUUGAGGCGCUGACGGCGCCGGAUCGGUAUGGGCGCGAGAAGCGCAAGAAGUUUGAGAAGAAGAAGGAGAAGAGAAAGGUGCGCGGGCAGGAGCAAAGGGAGCAUCGGCGGAAUUUCCUGCAGAGUUAA